AUGGCGAAGGACAAUUCUUCAGAAUUAACCACUUUAUUCACAAAUAUUCAACUUCACAUCAUCUCUCAAAAUUAUAGAAUUUCUGAUCUCCUCGCUGAGAACCAGAAUUUGAAAAAACAACUCGACAUCUCUCAAAAGAAGAUUGAACAGUCGGAACGACUCUGUGAGAUUGCAAUCUCUCAAAACAAAAUUCUUAGGAAAAACAACAUCGACACGGAAAUACAGAACGAAAGCACACUUAAGGCGAAAAAAAUGGUGGAGGUUGAGAACGAAAAGUUGAAGAAGCUUCUGGAGGUAGAAAGAUCCAAGGCCGAGUUGCUCGAGUCCCUCAAAACGUGGCUUGAGGAGAAGUGGAACGUCGUUGAGGGUCAGAUCGUUAAAAUUAAAGAACAAAACAUCACAACCCCUGAAAAGGAUGGAAACCAAAAGA